CCGAACGUCAGUCGAGCGGGGCGCGGUCGCUGUCACGGAGCGGAGUUGGUGCUUGUCAUCCGGCCGCCAUUAUCUCGUAUUUAAACGGAUUUGUAAAAUCAAUUAAAGUUUGCGUUGUCGUUCCUCAAUUUUAGUGUUCGGUGCAGUAUAAAUCCCUGUUAAAUAUCGAUCCGUGGUUGGAUAUCCAAAGAUUGUGUGUUUGGGAGUUGUACGAACAGUGAUAAGUGGUACUGUUAGGUUACUGUGUUGGGUGCUAACGUUGUGUAGGGUGGCUCCGGUCGAGCCGGAGCGGCAGGACGCGUGUGGAGCGCAUGCAGAGGGAGCGGUGAGAGCGCGCCCGGCUCAGGGGUCGGGGCGGCCGGCGGCCAAGGAACAGGGACAGCUGCCGACAUGGGGUGCGCCCAGUCGGCCGAGGAGCGUGCGGCGGCUGCUCGCAGCAGACAGAUCGAGAGGAACUUGAAGGAGGAUGGAAUCCAGGCCUCCAAAGAUAUCAAAUUGCUGUUAUUAGGUGCUGGUGAAUCAGGCAAAAGUACUAUAGUCAAACAAAUGAAAAUUAUCCACGAAAGUGGCUUUACAAAUGAAGACUUCAAACAGUACCGGCCGGUGGUGUACAGCAACACGAUCCAGUCGCUCGUCGCCAUCUUGCGCGCCAUGCCCAACCUGGGUAUCACCUAUGGCAAUAAGGAUCGAGAGAGCGACGGCAAGAUGGUUUUCGACGUGAUCCAACGGAUGGAGGACACGGAGCCGUUCAGCGAGGAGCUGUUGGCUGCCAUGAAGAGGCUGUGGGCGGAUGCCGGCGUUCAGGAGUGCUUCGGGCGCUCCAACGAGUACCAGCUCAACGACUCCGCCAAAUAUUUCUUGGAUGACCUGGACCGGUUAGGUGCAAGAGACUACCAACCCACCGAACAGGAUAUUUUAAGGACUAGAGUCAAAACCACUGGCAUCGUUGAAGUGCACUUCUCAUUCAAAAACCUUAAUUUCAAUUCCAGAUUGUUCGACGUGGGCGGGCAGCGGUCCGAGAGAAAGAAGUGGAUCCAUUGCUUCGAGGACGUGACCGCGAUCAUCUUCUGUGUCGCCAUGUCCGAAUACGAUCAGGUCUUGCAUGAGGAUGAGACAACGAACCGUAUGCAGGAGAGUCUAAAGUUGUUCGAUUCGAUCUGCAACAACAAGUGGUUCACCGACACCAGCAUCAUCCUGUUCCUCAACAAAAAAGAUCUGUUCGAGGAAAAGAUACGCAAGUCGCCGCUUACCAUAUGCUUUCCGGAAUACACGGGUGCGCAAGAGUACGGCGAGGCGGCGGCGUACAUCCAGGCGCAGUUUGAGGCCAAGAACAAGUCCACCACGAAGGAGAUCUACUGCCACAUGACGUGCGCCACCGACACUAACAACAUCCAGUUCGUGUUCGACGCCGUCACCGACGUCAUCAUCGCCAACAACCUCCGCGGCUGCGGCCUGUACUAAGGCGGCCGCCGCCGGGCCGCGCGGCCCCGCCCGGCCCCGGCCCCGGCCCCGGCCCGCGCGGCCCCGCGCGGCCCCGCUCGGUCGCAAGCAUAUCAAGGCGCCGGCGCGGGGCGGCAGCGCCGCGGGUCGCUCGCGCCGCAGCUACGCGUAUUAUAAUUACCUAUAUAUUUUUAUGGAAAGUAAGCUUACUGGAUAUUCCGCCGACGUGCAGAUAUCAUGUGUCACAGGCUUGGGGCAUCGUGUAUGGUUAUUGCUCCCGCCGCAGCGCGACUGGACCGACCGACCGCUAGCGUUUCGUUUUCCCUGUAAUAUAAAACCGUAGUUUGGUUAUUAUUUCGGCACGCGGACCGGGGCUCGCAAGUCGCGUGUCUCCUGGGAUCGUUUUCGAUAAUGUGAAUUAGUGAUCUAGUGUUCAAUUCUAAAUUUUGGUGCUAGGCAUUUGGUAUAGUGUUUCGUUGGCACAAGUGUUCAGGCAGUCGGUCCGGCAGCGCGCGGCUCGGAGCCCCGGUAACAAUAUGUGCUUAUAUACUCACUCUCUUACGGACCAAACACAGCAAGGAACCAAUAUUUAGUAUUGAAUCAAUAACACGGCAGUGAGAUGCAUGAAUACGUUCACAGGCCUACUUAAACUGAUUACAAAACAUCAUUCCAUUAUUAAGUAUUAUAUCACUUAUAAUGAGAAAUUAUUUUUUAUAAACUUUUGAAUGCACAACUGUAACCGCUCUAUGGAAUAAGACGACGUCGUUUAUGUUACGUACCUACGGUCAUAGUUUAAGCUAAGCCCUGUCAUCAAUAUUAUCUUUAAGUUAAGCAUCGUACUACGCACAAAUUAUUUAUUCCUGUAAGAGCAUUCAUUUGUUACGCCAUAUAUACACAUUUCUGAAUAUAUUUUUUUGUGUUCAUAUUUUUCUAUAUCAUUUUACAGUUAACCUUAAGGUGUAGCCAUUUAAGAUCUAUUCUUGUAUUCAAUUAUGAAAAUCAUGUUAGGUAUUUAUUUUAUCGAUAGUACUUGUAUUAAACGUGGUAUAUGUAAACUUGUCAUGUUUAAUUUUUAUAUUUAACGGUAAUUAACCAAUGUUUAUGAUCAUGUUAAUGUUCGUGAUUAUUUUGUGAAGUGGGUGGAGUCUGUAUCGGUAAUCGGUAAGGAUAAUAUAAUAGCAGUAACAGCUAGAGGUAGGCGAGAGUAGCGCAGCACGAUCCGCGACCGAGCCGCUCUGUUGUUCUAAGAUAUGUGAGUAUAUAAACUUUGUAUACACUCGCGAAUUGGCGUAAUCAAACACUAUAUAUACUAUAUAACAUAAUUUAUUAUUAAUAAUAAAAAUAAAAUCUUACUUUUAAGCAUUAGGACAGUAACUGUAUCAAUAAACAUUAAUUAAUAAUGCAAUUAGACAGUAACCUUUACUAUUGUCAUAGUUAGGUGAUUAAUUUUCAUUUUAUGUUUAUGAGUAUGUAAAAAGUGAUUAAAUGAAAAUGUGACGCCUACACUGUGACCGCGCGGGCCAUUCACCUCUGGCGCAUUGCGCUCGGCUUGCUGCGAGCUGCCACUCCUCGGACAGGACCCGGACUGUUGUAACAGGCACCUUGCGACCACAAUUUUAACUAAAAACAACAUAGAUUUUUAGAUAAUUAAAUUGGAAACGUAUGGUAGUGGCCCGCGGCUCGAGCGCCCGCCGCUCGCUUGUUGCUAGGUAGGUUUUUUACUGUUAUGUAACAAUAUGUGUACGUAAAACUAAUAAAAAUAAUAUUAGCGCAGUUCUACAUUCAACCUACAUUUAAGUAAGCUUCACGUUACAUUUAAAGUUUUUUUAAUGAGUGAGCGAUGUGGGUAUACUCGUUCGACGUCCUCCCUGCGUUGGCCGGGGCUCGGACCCGGACACACUAGCCGACGUCGACAGUUUGCAUUUCAGUGUGUUCCUCCGCCGCAGAACAUUUAACUUGUAUGCUUAUAUUUCGAGUGAAUGUGAUGUAAAUUUUAUACACUGCCGCAUUGUUUAUUCGCUCGAAUCACAUUUAGUUUAUAAGAUUUGAGACAGUGAAGGAUUCGCACAAGCCACACGUAACAUGUUUGUUUGGGACUGUAAGUGCGCACAAGUCAUAGGUCGCAGCUCAAUGACUCGCCGGACGGUACGACACUCGUCACUUGAUGUGCGUUAGCUUCUUAUUUGAAGACUGAAUUGUUGCGGCUCAAAUAUUCUCGCGCUUUAUUAGAUCCACAACUGGGGAAGAUAUUGCAAAGUUUUUUAAGGUAGUAGUAGCAUUUAGUGAUCGGGUUCGAGGCAUAUUUAUGUCUUUAAAUUUUUGUGAUGUGGCAUGAGAUAAUUCGAUGAAUACCUGUAUCGACAUUCUACUGUUGAUAUUAGCGAAAUGAGCGACGUUCAGUUAUUAUUCUUAAUAUAACCGCUGAGUAUUGUCGAGAUGUCGUCGAUCUUAAACAAUAUCACCAUGCUUCAUUCAUAUUUGCCAAAG